AUGAUUUCCCGUAGCUUCGAUCCUUCGGUUGUUUCUUUUUUUCUUCUCAUUAUCAGCAUUGGACAUUUCUCAAUUUCCAGCCCCAUGACAAUUUUUAUUGGUGUGGCAUUUAGUCGUUGGGAAGCCGAACCUAUCAUACGCACCACCUGGACACUCUGCCCGUCGGUAAUUCGUCUUCAACAUUACAAUGUGCCGAUCUCUCUUUUAGGUAAAGAUACACGGACAAUCUUACUUUCUUACUUUGUCCUUUGUCACUUUUUCUUCCUUUUUCUCUUUCCUUCCUUUUUGCCUUUCUUUCUUUUCUUUCUUUCUUUCUUUCUUUCUUUCUUUCUUUCUUUCUUUCUUUGUACUUUCUCUCCCUCUUUUUCCUACCGAUCUCUUUUUCCUUCAUCUUGUUCUCUCUCUUUUGCAUUUCCCUACCUUUUUCUUUCUUUUUCUUUCUUUCUUUCUUUCUUUUCUUUCUUUCUUUCUUUCUUUCUAUGCGUUAAAGAGGAAACUGAAAAAAAAUUACAGUAUAUUUUUUAUUUCUUCUGA